CAACUACCGACCCAAACGAUGCAGACGUGGUCACUUCGCUCCUUCCAUCAAGACCGACAUGCCUUCCGAGUUUGAGAUCACGCGGGACUCGGCAGACGACGCGAACCACACAGACUAUACUAGCCAUGGCCGAAACAUGGACAUAUGGCGCCAAUCCCUCGAAGCUCGCCCGACCAUCGUUCAUCAAGGCGGUGGCGACAACGGGUCGCGCGCGUCGUCGGCGUCCGCGACGCAACAACCUCGCCGCGAACAACGCGAUAUCAUGCUCUUUGUCGGGAAACCGGCCGUGAACGAACGGCAAAACCAUUACAAGGGUCGUCUCCGGGUACACUCGUUGCUUGCGAUUUCGAAGAAAGGGAUUCAAGGUCGAGGUGGAUCACUCGUAGAUGUGGCCCGGCCUACUCCUCUUGUUUCUCGUUUUGGGCGGCGCCAUCGCCGGAAUCACGUUGGGUGCCAAGUCCUACCGUGAAACAUCGCAGAAACGCGCCGCCGACUAUCUCGCAGCUGAGCGGGCUCGUCGUGCGAUUCGCACAGGCGUCGACGACCCGGCAUCACCUAACGUACCUAUCGACGUCGACACGGACGGCCAGGUCGGUAACCCAAAGACAUACGAGGACCAAAAAUGCGCCAUGCUGAACUACAUUAGCAAGAAAGGGCGCAUCUUCGCCGUCUUGCCGAACAAGACAGAAACCCAGAUCGACAUGAAGGGCGUGAAUUGGUGCAGUCGCGACCGUCCUUGCUCGCGGACACUAACGAAAGACGAUACAGGUUCGGCAUGGAAACCGGCAACGCGGUGCCGUUUGGGCUCUGGACCAACGCGAAGAAUGGCACGACCGUGUACGAGAUCGCGACGUUCCUCGCGGCCAACAAGUUCAACGUCGUGCGCCUCCCCGUGAGCAUCACGCAUAUCCUGGCAAACACGGCCCCGCGGAAGGACCUCGUCAACCUCGAGGAGAACCGCGCGAUCGACAUGUCCACGUACAUGAGUGCGCUAGGUUCCAUCAUCAAAGCGCUGGCGUAUCGAAACAUUGGUGUGCUCAUCAGCAUGCACACAUUGACUCCGGAGGUGUCAGGGGGCACCUGGUUCGACGAUUCGCUCGGCAUCACAAAGGAAAAGUUCCUCCAAUCCAUCGACACCCUCACCAAAGCCUUCUGCGGCCCGAACUACUGGAACGUCGUCGGGAUCGACCUGAAGAACGAGCCGCACACGUCCACGUGGACCGCGUUUGCCGACGGCGCCGAGAUCAUCGGGAAUCGCAUGCACAAGGGAUGCUCCAACUGGCUGGCAUUCGUGGAAGGCACCAACAUCGAAACCCACUCGACCACCAUCGGAGGCGUCUUGCGAGAGUACGGUGACUGGUGGGGUGGUGGUCUCCAAGGCGUCAAGACCAAGCGCGUCAAGCUCGGUCUCCCAAACAAGGUCGUGUAUGCGCCGCACUACUACAACAGCGGCGUGUAUCCUCAGUCGUAUUUCUACGGUCCCGGCAAGUCAGAGCUGUCGGAUGCCGACCUGCGCCAACGUGUGUCCGAGACGGCGACGGACAUGUUUGGGUACAUCGCCGCCGACAAACAGGAAGCGCUGGUUCUCGGCGAGUUUGCCGGGCUCUAUGCGACGGAUGCCCACCCGCUCAAGACAACGAAGCGCACGACAGACUUUUUGAUUGAAGUCAUGCUCCGUGAUGGAUAUGCCGGCGGGUUCAUGUGGUCCCUCAACCCAGAAAGCACCUACCAGUACAACCCGAAUGGCCCCGCAUCGUUCACAGAAGGGCUGCUCAAGGACGACUGGCGAAGCGCCAACACAGAAUUCGUCAAGGGCAUGGCAGCGCUGGACAAGCUGCCGAGCCUGCAGAUGCUCCCAUGCGUGCUGUCUUCACCAUCGUCGCCUUUACCCCCUUGAAGCACCAUUGCAUUGUCCUCGCAUCGUCUCGUACCGCAUUAAAUGCUGGAGGAGUUGCCGGUGACGAAUAUCCGAUUUGAAAGGAUGUAAAUCAGUUCAUUGCCAGACAUACAAUUAAAACCAUCGAUUUCUAGCUCAAUUGAACACGAUUUGGAUGAGUUUAGUGCAUCAA